GCGGACGGCGAGCGAGGGCGCCAAGCGAGCGCCAACUACAGAAGCAGAGCAAACGAUGCAGAAGCUGUGGGCGGGGGUGCUGGGCGUCGCAGCAGACAGCAUCGGGCUGGAUGAUAGCUUCUUCCGCCUGGGCGGCGACUCGAUCGCGGCGAUGAAGCUGGUGGGCGAGGCGCGCAGGCACGGCGUGCAGCUGUCCGUUGCAGACCUCUUCCGCCAUCCCACGCUCGCCCAGAUAUCUCUAGCCGGUCUAGCCUCCCCCGAAAGCUCACCACAGCCAGUUCCACCGUUCUCCCUUCUCCCACUCACCAUCAAGGAUAGCAUUCUCUGCCAAAGCGUCCUUUCCAAGAGCUCUAUUCAACAGCAACACGUGACCGACAUCUUGCCCACGACCCAUGUGCAACGCCUCUUUGUCAAUUGGGGUAUCGAGUCGCCCCGUGAAGCUUUCAACUACUUCUUCCUCGAUAUCGGACCGCAGCUGGAUGCACAGCUACUCCACGACAGCUGUGGUAAACUUGUCGACCACUUUCCAAUCCUCCGCUCGCAGUUCGUCUCCUUUCGCGAGAAGCUUUGGCAGGUUAUUCUGCUACGCCCUCAACUACAUUUUACCACGUUUGAAGUCAACGGAUCUUUGUCUGAGGCCACGCGCAAGAUCUGUCUAGAAGACAUUCACAAGACUGAUCCGCUCGCGCUUCCGACUUCGUUCACGCUGUUGCGAGAUAAGUCGGUCGGCCAUCGCCUGAUCGUUCGUCUUUCGCAUGCUCAGUACGACGGUGUGUGCGCUCCCGUCAUCCUCAACACCCUAGCCGCGCUAUACGCGCAAGAGACUCCGCCCAUCCCUCCAAGCUUCUCGACCUAUUUAGCACACGCCCGUACUCAGCGCGAAGCGUCGGCGCGCUACUGGCGAGAACUUUUGAAAGGCUCGUGCAUGACCAGGGCGACUGCACGUCUUCGUCCAAAGGCAGGUGGGCUGCCUGCCCUUGACAAUAUCAAGGUUGAAAGGGUAAUUCGCACCCCUCGACUUCCCCACAACGUUACUAUGGCCUCACUGCUCAGCUCGGCUUGGGCGCUGGUCCUCUCGAGCAUCACAGGCGAAGAAGAUGUCGUCUACGGACACACGGUUGCCGGCCGCAACUCCGACAUCCCAGGCAUCACUGAGAUCGUUGGGCCUUGCUUGAACGUUGUACCAGUCAGGGUCCGCAUACAGCUAGCGAAGACACCGGCAGAUCUCAUCCGCUACGUCCACGAACAGCAUGCAUCGCUUGGACAGGCGGACUCGGCGCAGCUAGACGAGAUCGUCCGCGAAUGCACGGACUGGCCUGCUGGAUCGGAGUUUGACUCGGUAGUGCAGCAUCAGAACAUUGACGAGCACCCUGGCGUCUGCUUUGCGGGGGCGACGACGAAGGUUCAAUGGUUCGACAACCCUUUCUGGAUAGCGCGGCAGCUGUACUUCUUCUCGCUCCCACAAGCCGACCAGCUGAAGCUUACAGUCAGCGGCAAUACGCACAUCCUAACAGCGGAGGCGGCACACUCUAUACUUGACAUACUCGCUGCAACAAUAGUAGAGCUGUCGCAGAACAUGGACGAGCCGCUUACUUUGUCCAAAUUUCCCUUUCCUUUUUGUCCUUGAACUCUUUAGCGAUAGCGGGUUAAACGAGAAACGAAAGUAAGAAACGAAAACGAGAAAAGAAAAUAAGAAUAGGAAAGGACAAAAGAUUGAAAAAAAAAGAAGAGAUUACUAGCUACUUGCUCCUCUUAGUACUGUUCCCUAUUUCGUUUGUUCACUAAGAUUUCCAAGAAGAGAGAAGAUAAAAUAUGUAUUUUCUAGGGUUUUUUAUAGUUAAUAGAUAACGUGCUUUACAAGCGAGUCGACCGUACAAGCGAGGCGCCC